AAAUCCAUUAAUAGAGCAGAGAGCUAUAUGUAGUUGAUGGUACGCCACCUCGUCGAUUAUGUAGCUAUCGUUGAACUAAUCGCGGAUGAUACUCAUGACUUAGAUCUCGACGACGAUAACCAUCCCAGGGAAGGUAGCGGUGUACAGGGGCGUGUGCUCCAAAGGUUCCCAAAAGAGGACUGGGAAGGCUUUGAAUUUCCCGAGGAUGGCAUAGUCAAGUUUUGCCAACCUGGUGGAUGGAAAACCUACAACUACCCAAGACCUCCAGAAUGUUUCAACUUUGUUUUCACCAAUGUGGAGGGAGCUUACACCUACGUAACGUGUUUGUCUGUAUUUGAGACGUGUAACGAUGUACUGGAAAACCAGGACUGUAUUGAUACUGAUGAUGAUUUGAAGCCCUCCUUCUUUUACAGAAGCGACAGCAAGAGAGCAUCUCUAGCUACUAGCUCUGAGCUCCCGCAGACAGUGUACGGUCCAAAGUGUUUCACUAUACUCUCAUCAUUUCCUUUCUAUGAUACUUUCAGGGAAUGCUUGUGCGAGCUGUACUCCCGGUUUAUUGAGAACAGCAAGGUAAUGAACGAAACGAAGGCUCUGACCGGUGUAGAGAACAUCAUAGCUACCCUACUGGCUACAGAGGUACCGGAUCACCACAGUAUAGAGCGUCCCCUGAUAAUAGACCUGGAAGGUAGGGCUAUCAACGUGGAGCGACUCAACCCUAGCUCUCAACCCCCCUACACAGGGACCUCCGUCUACAACCUUGUUUCUACUAUCGGAAUUGGACACACUCUGCAACUGGUGUCCGCAAUGAUAACGGACCACAAGAUCAUGUUUAUCAGCAGCAACUACAGUACCCUCUUAUCUGCUGCCAGCGCCGCUCUUAGCCUUAUAUACCCACUUACCGUCAGGCAUUACGUGUUCGUACCAGUGUUACCUAACUGUUUACUAGCGGUUGUGGGUAGCCCCACCCCUUACGUUACUGGUAUUCACGUAUCUAGCCACAACUUCAUACUUCAGGAGGGUUUUGUGGGCCAGACAGUGAUAGUGGAUAUUGACAGUGGAACGUUGAAAAUACCACAAGAUAUAGAACUGGAGAUCCCAGAACUUCCUGUUUCGUUCAGGAAAUACCUGACGCAAUGUUUGAAGUUGAUACUGGACCCGAAGUACCUGCUGAGUGAUCUGGCGUUUGCUCCUACUCCUCGAACUAUAUCCCCUCCAAAUGUACAGGACAAAGAAAUCAGGGCUGUGUUCAUGCAGUUCUUCUCGUGGAUGUUAGCACAGUAUAGGUGUUGUCUUGUCGUAGUGAGGUCCCAUCCUAAACCAGUUAUAGUGUUCAACGACAAGCGUUUCCUCGAGAUCAGAUCUUUCCAGAACGAACAGAUAGUGCUCAGAUUGUUUGAGACGAUGGCGUUCUGUAACUUUAUAGAAGACUACGGUCCACCAUACAGAGUGUCCACCUUGUUUGACGAACUAGCUAGAGGUUGUAGCGUGGACCCGCCUCGGUGCUGUCCCAACCAAGAUCAGCGCCUCCCAACUGAAACAAGGGAAUUAGCACAGAGACUUCUGGAGAACGAGGCGUGCAUGGGCUCCGUCCGGCCAACUAAGGGACCCCCUGAAAACAUAGACGAAGUGAAAUUCCCACGGUUGCGAGAGUACCGAGUUAGUGAGUUACUCGAGGGUUACGGUAUAAAUCUCCAGUCUCGGAAACCUAGCAUCACCAUGGAACCUCAUUGUACGGAAGCGAAGUCGAUAAUCAAAGACCGAGCGUUACCAGGCGAGGUUCUCCCAUACCGAACCGCUAAAAAGAAGAUAGAACUCCGGAAAAUGAACAACGCUCUUUUGAACUGCCUGACGGCCAUGUUCAGCAAUCAGAUAUUCAACGCUCGGAAGAUAUUACCGAAAGCACGUUACGCGUUAGCGUACUCCUCGGUGCGGAAUAACUUCGUAGCAGAGCUGAACAAGAUACCCAACUCCAGUACUUCCCUCUCCCACUCCCAAUUUGAUAUCCUAGCUGUGCUCAUCAACACUGCUCUAGAGAACGACAAAGGUGUUGACGCUGGAGAUUUCGCUAUCAAGAUCAUGCCCCUUACCGACAAAUUCUGCCGGCAAUUACAAUACGGUACAGUACAGUUUAUCUACACUUGCGUUCAACAUCAUAGUAUAUGGCAGAGCGUGUCGUUCUGGGAACGAGCUUUCUACUGUAUAGUGCAGCAACACAUAUUGGAAGUAUUUGAAACGAUGGAGAAGGACGGCACGUUGCACCUUAGCCACCACGACGAGUCAUUACAUAAUGGAUACACUGAAGAGAAGCAUGCCCAGUCUAUGCAAGAAAUAUCACAACGAGCUCUUAUCCACUCAGCUGUUAGGUUGAUGUCAUGGCCCAACUGGGACUCAGACAUGCACGAUGAAGUCAAGACACAAGAGGAAACCACUAUAAUCGGCCAAGUUCGGCAUUUCUGCAGCAGAAUCAUCUGGCUUCUAGUCCCUCUGAAUAUAAACCAUGAGGAUGAUGGAACUUCCUUCAACAACAUGGCGGAUAUCGACACAAUAGAACACUUUGCUUUCAACGACCCCAGCUCACCACUCAGUAAAGAAGCCCGACGGUCGCUAGACAAGCACGAAAUAAUCGAGAUAGUAGAGAAGUUCGUUGACAACAUCGUGAUGAGAUGUAACGUAAAACACUACUCAGAGAUAGACAAGAUCCGUAUCAUUAUCCCGGAGAUGUUUUCCAUGCACUGUGAAACUCUAGAAGACGUCAGCACGCACGCUGCCAAACUACCCCCGGUGGAAAAGACCACAUUCCUGAAGGCCCGCACGGUGGUACCCCCGCUGGUAAACCUGGAGAGAAUCCUAGCAGACCCGGUCCACGUGUAUAUGAUGCCGAUACCGAGUACAGGUUGUGGGGUUCAACCCCAGAUUCUACCUGCCGAGGGAGUGCUGUAUCUUACCAACUACAGGAUUAUAUUCAGAGGGUACCCUAGGAAUAGUGACGAUGAAUAUACUGUCAUCUACAGGACAAUGCCCAUUGGCUCGAUAUAUACGCUAACAACCGAACCAGAAAGGGCGAAAUCAAUCGAAGACAGUGAACGGGACGAUCCGUUCGACGACUUCCUCUGUGUCGAACAAGAACUCCACAUCUCAUCCUUAACUUGUCAACUGUUCCGUAUAGGCUUUUUCAACGAGCAGAGCUACGACGGUGUCGAGCAAUUCAAACGAAAAUUAAUCCAGCGUAGAAAAGUAACAAAGAUUGUCCACACUUUCGCGUAUGUUCGACCCGAACCCGAGAUCAUAGACGGUGUGCGAGGUUCAAGGAAUCACCAUCAUCACCACAAGAACAGGAAAAGCAUGUUGGUUAAUAAUCCUCAGAAAAACACCUCGACAUCUUCAGCUGCUCCGACCCUUACCAAGCGGGAACGAAACAAGGUGGAGGAAAGUCCGAAGUCUCCGAGCGGCCGAUUAAAGGCAGGGGAAGGGCUCAGUCACAGUCCUAGUAUGGCAAGUUUAGUGUCUAACGGUGAUGAGCACAGCGAGAAUAUGUCGUUGGUUUCAGGACUCACAUCCACCAGUAUUUUCGGACAUAGCGGCAGUUUCCGUAUCAAAAGGACUAAGAAACGUCAAGUUUUGAGGUACCGACCCGAGUUUUCGUACUGCGAGGACUUUGCUCGGCUCGGGUUCGGAGGUUUCAACGAUAUAGGCAAGACUUCAACAAAAGGUCCCUGGAGGCUUACGGCAGAAAACAAAGACUAUAAUCUGUGCCGCAGUUAUCCAGCUAUACUCAUUGUUCCUUCCCUCAGCUCUGACAUUGAACUUCACAAUGUAGCUCGACAAUUCGACCGAAAUAGGUUCCCCGUCAUAUCGUGGCGGCAUCCAAAACGCGCUGCCACCAUAUUGAUGCGCAGCGCAAGCAUCGUGCGGCGUGGUGUCAUGGAUAAGAUCAGUGCAGCACACAAAACAUUUACCUAUAAGGUGAAAGGAAACCAGGCUCGUCCCUCCACAGAUCUGCCAGACAAUGGAUUUAGAUCGGAACACACUGAGAAUUAUCUUAAUGUUCUUGUUCACAGUAUCAAACAGUUGCAAGCAAACUGUAAAACGACGGCUUACAACCCCCACAAAUCAAAGAAUCAUCACCUCCAGAAAUUCUUGUUCCGCGGAAUGACCAAGUUGAAGGAGAACUUUACCAUGAGCUCCGAGAAACUGUUCUCUGGUUAUUCAGCAUCGCAAGCAGCUCUGUCCCACAUACCCGAGGGUGACACCAUGUCACAGCUCCUGGAGGAGGACGAAGAGAACACUAAGAUCACUCUCUUUGUCGUAGGCAGAUAUCACGACCUCAAGAACGCACGAAUGGAGAACUACACGGAAGUUGAAAUGAUUGGUAUUGAGGACAUGCAUUAUCGGGAGGUCGCAAGAUCGUUUGAACUGCUGAUGGGAGCCUUGAACCCUGAGUCGGAGAAAUCUGACUUCUGGACUCAGAUUGAGAAUAGUAACUGGCUCGAACAAAUCCAGAAGAUACUAGAGAUCUCGUGCUCGCUUGUGGAGCUGAUGGACAGAUGGGGCGUUUCCGUGUUGCUGGCUCUGGAGGACGGUAGUAACAUUACCGCUCAGAUUAGUUCGCUCAUACAGUUGCUAACUGAUAAACACUAUAGGACUAUCAAGGGAUUCAACAUGUUGAUAGAAAAAGAAUGGCUAUCAUUUGGACACAGAUUUUCAUUACACGGGCGACAGACCAACGAAAAGGAGGACAACUUUGCUCCGAUCUUCCUUCAGUUCCUGGACACCGUGUAUCAGAUUCACAGACAAUUCCCCCACUGUUUUGAAUUUAAUGAGUUUUACUUAGAGUCCCUGGCUUACCAUCACUGUAGCAUGAGGUUCAGAACAUUUGUGUGCGACAGUGAAAAGAAGAGAGCUCAAGCUCUCGGGAUUGUUCGAAUGGAGGACGACAGCCGGACGUCAACCCCAGAGGUGACACGACGGUCCAGUUCAGUGAGUUCAACGUACGAGAACAACUCAUACUCGGACGAUUCUCACAGCUUCUGGGCGUACGUAGAGAGCCUCAAGAAGAGUGGCCCGCUGUUCUACAACUACCUCUAUCGUGCUUCUAACGCGGAUAUUGUGUUACGACCGAACAUUCACCUGGCUGCUCUGGAGCUGUGGAACUACUACACUAGAGAUGACAUGACACUCGGGACUACUUACGAGCCUGACCUUUGGGUUGUUAAAAAGGGCAAGGAAAAGAAACCUGUACCAGUGUCGUCUAAAGAACAAGUCAGCGAUGGCCUUGGUGAAACAAUCAUAACGCUCACCGAACUCAGAUUAAAUAGAGGUAACGAUGACGUACAAGUGGACUCACCGUGGUUACAGACACUCUACACCUUUAACCUGGACUCUCACUACAAGCCGGCUAAAGAAGCACUUGCCCUUACAAACAGAACGAAACUGCGGCGACGAUUGCAAGAAGCUAAUGUUCAGUGCUUAGCUUCGGGUAAGGUGCGGGUGAACGGACACAGGUUCGAACUGUAUAACUACAACCCGUUCACGGAGCCUGAGAAACUGCCGUGUGUUAUUUGUGAGGGUAACCCCGAGAUACCUGCCCGAUCCCAGCUCACUAUCAGAGGAUUGAAAUGUUGCUACUGUCAGAUAACGAUACACACGAUAUGCCAACUGUUCGUCACCACCACCUGCAAGAAACGAGAGACCGAGGAGGACACGGAACCAAUCCCCCGAUCUCAAACCAUCAAAGGACGGACGGAAGAACACCGGAAGUCUCGAAUCCUAGUGCCAGUAUCCCGCUCAGCUACACAGCCAGACCUCACCACUACCACCCAGGGGGCAGAUACCAAGAGUAUUAACGAGAACCACGCUGCUGCAAACCAAGCUCCCAUGUCAAGUCCCCGAAGAAAUGGCCGAGAGGACGGUAACAUCGAGGCGACCCUGCUCAAAAAGGGUGGUAUCUUGAAAACUUGGAGAAAGUGGAGAUUCGAACUUAACGUCAAGUUAAAAGAGUUACGUUACUACGAGUCAGCAAGUGACGCGCACAAUCCCCUUUAUAUCCGUAAAACGAUAGAUCUGAGAGGUCGGGUAAAGGUCACCCCUCUCUCCCACUCGGGAGUCAGCAACAGAGACAGCAGCCACCCUCAUCACUUUCCUUUCAUGUACAUUUUCCAGAUAAAAACGGAAAGAAGAGAUCUAGUACUCGCUGCGGACACGAAGGAACUCCGAGACAUUUGGAUGAAAAAGAUCAAAAGUGUCAGCCAGGCACCCUAGAGGCCAUCACCUUUCUCACCUGAAUAUAUAUUAGAAUAUUUAAACCACAUAACGAGAAGUUUGUCAUGUGAUAAAAUAUAUUUUUAACACGAGGCAGCAAACCACGAGGCAAACCACGACUCUCAAAGUUCCUGAAGUUGAAUCCUUGAUCAGUGAUUUGUGGUAAAUUCCACACCAUCAAGCCUAAUAACGGCUCUCUUUGAGAUGGAAGCGGAUAAAAAUCGUUCAAUAAAGUGAAACACUUUCCUCAAUCCUUGUGCAAGAGAUGUGUUAUAUUUAAGAUGAAUAUAAAUGACAAGUAGAAGUAUAUAGGACAUAUUAUUCAAUUGAAAACAUAUUAUUCAAUUAAGUUUUAAUUUAGGCCGUUCUCUGUUAAGCAUGAACGUAAAUCUUUUGAUGUUUGUAUUAAAAUUAUGCAAUUAUUAUGUUUCCCUUAACAAUGUUGGAUAAUGAUGAUUAUGAACGUUAAUUGAAACUCGGCCGAUGAUAUUUAUUACUGAGAUGUAGAAGUCAAGGAGAAAUUUGUAAUCCGUUCAUAAAUCGUAAAGUGUUAAUAGAUCAAAAGUGGGUGUAUUGUACACACUGUAAAGUCUUCAGUCUUUGAACUUAAAACUAACGACAAACCGUGAUCUGAUUAUACAAAAAUGUUAAAAUCAAGAUUGAUAUUGGCGGACUUCAGUGACCUUUGUGGUGAUAUUUUUAGACCAACUCCAAAUUUGUUGACCAUAUUUUUAUAGUUGUUUUUAUUUCGUCUAGUGAGUGAAUUAAAGGAGGUAUUUUAUACGACUCUCGCCGCAGCAGAGAGAAUAGUGACUUAUGAACGGGGCUGUUCCUGGGGAAACGAAGCCGCUAGUCGUUACACCGUUAGGUUUGACAUGUGGUCAUUUUUCAUUGGUCGUACGUGGAAGUUUGUGGAUGUCACGUGUCAAAACUAGCACGUGGAAGUUUGUGGAUGUCACGUGUCAAAACUAACGCGCGCAACUUUCCUACGGAAAGCUACGUCCAUAAUGUAAGAUUUGUUUAGUUUUGGCCAUUUUCUAUUAAAAUCCGUGAAAUACUGAUCUAGUUUAUAGAAGUUUUGAUAAUUAACUAAUUAACGUGCUUUUUAAUUACGAUACUGGUUUAUUACGAGGCCCAAUUGAUGCUAAUUUUAAUGUAAUAGCAAAGCGAUCUCGGCUUACUUAUAGAGAUGGGAGGUAUGAUAUGAAGUCAUGAACACUGAAAAAUAGAGAUAAUGGGAACAAUUAAUAUUGAAGGGAAAAGAAGGAAGGGUUUAUUUUGGCUGUUUUCUAACAGUGACUAGUUAAUGUAAUAAUAACUUAGAAAUCAGUCAUUUACUUAAUAGCUCUGAUGAUAUUUUGACAGAUCCUAGAAUUAGAAAUUUAAUGCGAGUUUUUAUACUAUUGCCAUUCUCCAGUUGUUAGUUAUUUUAUGAGAGCCGACAGAUUUAACUGAAUCUUCUCGUUUUAUGAUCUAAUUCUAAAGCCCCGAAACUAUUCUGUUACCGUCACAUAGUAUUAUCAAUCAAGCAAGUUAGGCAAAAAGGACCAAUUUUGGCUUGUCUCUGUAUGCAAGUUUCAAUCUUACCAUAACUAUAAUCCCAAUUUUAAUCAGAAAGAACUUUGAUCUCGGUCUAAGUGCAAAAAUCAGACUCGGACUGAUAAAACAUAGUUCCUUACAUUACAAUCUGAUGAUUAAUGGAAAGGCGGUUUUGAGACAAGUCGAAAUUGAAACCUUGUCGCACACAGAUUCUUGUGGCACAAUUCUUGAAUAUUUUAUACGUGAACAUUUAGCUGGUUCAAAGAAAACUGCAAAUUGCCAGAAGUUGUAAAGAUUAGCAAGCUUCUCGAUUUCAAUUAUCAUAACUCGUUUAUAUAGUCCCAUGAUAGUCAAAUGAUAAUGUUGAAUUUCUUGUUUGUUAUUAUUAGCUUGACGUAAUUUAAAUUGAUCAUUAACUUAAAAA